GCUAGAUGAGAUCGGUCGAGUCGACUUUUGCAAAGUCGAAAUGAUCAAAGGCUUCUUGAGCUCACAUCGAAACGAUACACGCUGUGCCGAUACCUACCUCGACUUUAACCACAAAAUAACUAUAAGAGCAACGUAGCAGAAAUGACAAAACGCGGCACGUUCAUCGUAUUCGAGGGUCUCGACCGAUGCGGCAAGUCGACCCAGGUGGCCCGUCUCGAAGACUCGCUACGUGAACAGGGUCAUCGAGUCCGCACUCAGAAGUUUCCCGACCGGACGACGGAGAUUGGCAAGAUGAUCGACGCCUACUUGAAGAAUACAGCCGAGAUGGACGACCGGGCGAUACACUUGUUGUUCAGUGCCAAUCGAUGGGAAUGCGCGUCGGCAAUCGAGAGAGACCUGAAAGAAGGGAUGUCGAUCAUAGCGGACCGAUACGCUUUCUCCGGUAUCGCUUUCUCCGCCGCCAAGGGCCUCCCCUUUGACUGGCUCCUCACCCCGGACCGCUCCCUCCCCUCACCAGACCUCACCCUCUACCUGACCCUCCCCACCGCAGAGACUUCGAGCAGGCAAGACUUUGGGGAAGAACGGUACGAGUCCGUCAGUAUGCAGACGAGAGUGCGAGAACAGUUUGGGUUGGUUAGGGAACGUGUCGAGCGGGGGAACGGGAGCACGGACCCGAACGCAGAUGCAGGCGGGAAGAAGAGCGGGAACGGAGAGUGGGUAGAGGUGGAUGCGAGCGGGACGAGGGAGGAGGUGCAGGCUCGGAUUUGGGGGGUGAUCGAGCCGGUCUUGGAACGGGAAAAGGGCGAGGUGGGGAGGUUAUGGGUCGAUUGAAGCGGGUUGUCGGGUCAAGCUCGGGAUGUUGUAAGCGUUGCCACUUGAUUAUGUUAUCAUCAUUACACCUCAA